AUGUCUACUCCUCAGAAACGACCACUCGGCCUCAGAGGCCGAAAGCAGCAGCAGAAGAACGAAGACCGACAGAAGAAAGUCCGGCUGAACGGAGAAGACAACUCGUUUACCGUCGCACUGGCCCCUUCUUCUGCCAGCCAAGCAGACCAGACCACCGAUGGACUCACCUUAGAGGAUUUGCUCCAGCUGAAAACCCAGGCAGACGAACUUAUCGACAACCCGAGUGGACUUGACGAGGACGACGACCAACUGGUGAACUUACUUCGAGGGAUUUGCCAUGAGGCUAUUCGACAGAUCGAGCUUGCUGAGAAAGAAGAAGCAGAAGAAGAAAAGGAAACAACCAGACGUGCUUCCUCCUACCUCCUCAGCCUGUCUCAUCAACUGCUCGGAUGGGCUUCGCUUGAGCUUGGCAUCUUCCUCACACUUCAUCAACAGUCCGAUCGAUUCGUCCAAGACAAUGAACCCAAGUCUCUUGAUGCUUGGCUCUCGAUUGCCUCAAAAAUAUUCGAAAACCGGCCGCCUUCCGAAAAGAAUCCAGAGGGAAAGUCGCAAACGCUAGCCGACCUGGAACUACUAAUCCCUCGUUCGAUCUGCCUUCUCAAAGCUGAAGAGCCUUCAGAGAUCGCUCAGAUCCUCCUCGAUUUUGACUGCCCAACAUGGAAUCGAGAACAGUCGGUUUAUUUACUCCGAACAAUCGACCGGAUCAUUCUUUUCAAGUACGAAGCCAUCUCCCAAGAUCCCACACCGAUUUUCAGGAUCAUAAUCAAAUUAUUGGAAGGUAUCCUCAACAAAAAUGAUACGGAAGGUGAUGACGGGAAGACCUUUCAAAGGUUACUCGAUCAACGCUUAGGAGACUGUUACCUUGCCCAUGGCUCUCUACUAGCCGAAAAGCUCGAAGAAAAGUACUACCCCGAACAGGAUGAAGAGCAAACUACCGAGGAAGAAGAGUUUGCAAUCGACGUCCAAGACCCUACCUAUAUCCUUUCACUAGAAAACCUCAGACUAGCUGAUCGAAUCUUCUCAAAAUUGAUCGAGGACAUGGACGAAACAAGCGAAUCGAAGGCCGAGCUGAAAACAAAACUCGACGAAACCCUUCUAACGAUAGGUAACCUUUUACCCCCUGGAUCCGAACGGGAAGAGUUAUACCUUCGCGCGGGUCUCAGUGGCGAUAAUGAUGAUGGUAAUGGAGGUGACGACAAAUGA